AUGGGCGAUAGAGACGGCGGCGCAUUGUCCGUGUCCGAUGGCGUCCUUAAACGCAGGAUAGAUUUCCGCGUCGCGCGGCAAGCCGAGCCUAUUAGCCGAUGCGGGCCGUGCGAAGUGGUCCGCCGAAGGUCAGCGCUCCUGCAAUUAGGGCCCGUAGUGCGCGGCGUUAGAGUCACAAGUGGCGGCCGCCGCCGGAGAGAGGCGGCGGUGCAGAAGCGGUGGGGCCGAGGCGGCGGCGGGCCCGCGCCCUGUCCGCCACUCAGUUCAGUCGCAGCGGUGCACGCACACCGCACGCAGUUCUCGCGCGCGCAACGAGAAGGUAGUACACGCGGCGCACGGGCGGAUCGGCUGUUGUACCGCGUUUCCGGUGCACAGCGCACAGUGCACUCCUCCGCCGGGACCUCCCCCCCCCCUCGUAGUACCCCCCCCCCCCCCUGGGUCGCGUUCGACCGGUGCAUCGGUCGGGAUAGCGCGCCUCUCCCCCCCAAGACACACCACUGCGCGUGCAUCCGUCGGGCGAAACGAACCUCUGUUGUAGACGGGAGGGCCGUACGUAAGGCCGAGGAUGUGUCGUCGGUCGCGGGCCAUAUGGCAACCGGUGGCCAUAUUAGGGACGCCAUCAAGGCGACACUUGUUGCACUUAUACGGCCCAGAAGGUCGCUAUCGUUUCCGACGCGCGUUCACGAUUGUACGUACACGGUGGACGAGAACGGUAACAUAACUGCAUACGAGAUGAGGUGGUCGGCGGUGCGCGAGUGCGUUAUGCAAGCCGCGAGUGGGACGCACGGGGCGGUUCGU